UCGACUCAGAAAUACGGCGCACGGGCGGCGCGGUGCCUUGUGGGUGUGCGCGAGGCAGCAAAAUGGCGGACCUGGCGAACGAAGAGAAACCCGCUAUAGCGCCACCAGUGUUUGUGUUCCAGAAGGACAAAGCGCAGAAGAGAUCGGCUGACGGUUCGAGCGCGGAGGACGGUGAAGACUCCGAUAAAGAGGAGUGCGGCUACUGCCCCCCGGUGAAGAGGGAGCGCACGUCCUCCCUGACGCAGUUCCCCCCGUCGCAUUCGGUGCCCAAGAACAAUGUGUUCAUGCCCUCCAGCUUCUGCCAGUCUCCAAGCGGGAACUCGGACUCGGAACCUGAGGAGAAGAGCGUCGGUUUUCGUCUGAAGCCCCCAACGCUGAUCCAUGGGCAGGCCCCCAGCGCAGGUGUCCCGAGCCAGAGGCCCAAAGAGAUGCAGCGCAGUGUACUGCGGCCCGCCCUGCUCCAGGCCCCUCCCCCCAAGGCCUUCGUACCGUGCAUUACAGAGCCGGGCAGCGGGACCAACGGUCUGAGCGUGUCCUCCGAAGGGACGUCCGAGGUCCCGCCCGCAUCUGAGAAUGAUGCCGGCAAGGUGGACGGUGUUUCUGUGGAAGCAGUCAAGCCGAUGGGGAGCGAGAAGCCGGAGGGGGCGGGCGGCGAGAAGGGCCCUUCUGUGGAGUCCACGUUUGUGUUUGGACAGAACAUCCGAGACAGGGUGAAGAUGGAUGCGAGCAGUCGGCCGUCAGACGCCGCGGAACCUAAAGACGCUCCUUUGGCCUCGGAAGCUCCGUCCGUCGGCACUAACUACUUUCUGCAGUACAUCGGCACACCCAGCUCCCAGAAUGCUGCAGCCGACGCGGACGGCGGGGCGAAGUUUGUCUUCGGCCAGAACAUGUCGGAGCGCGUGCUGAGCCCCCCAAAAGGUGGCAAUUUGUCAGUGGACAACGGGAAGGAUGCGGUGGCUGCCCCUGCGCCCGAAGCGCCCCAGCAGGAGGCAUCUCCUGAGAAGGCAGGUGGCGCCGUCGUUGAGAGUCUGGAGGAAUCGGCAGCAGCCUACACCAAAGCCACUGCCAAAAGGUGCCUGCUGGAGAAGGUGGAGGUCAUCACUGGGGAGGAGUCAGAGAGUAAUGUGUUACAGAUCCAGUGCAAACUGUUUGUGUUCGACAAAAUCUCCCAGUCGUGGGUGGAACGUGGCCGCGGCCUCCUGCGCCUCAACGACAUGGCGUCCACUGACGAUGGAACACUUCAGUCCAGAUUAGUGAUGCGAACCCAGGGCAGCCUGCGGCUCAUCCUCAACACCAAGCUGUGGCCGCAGAUGCAGGUGGACAAGGCCAGCGAGAAGAGCAUCCGCAUCACUGCCAUGGACACCGAGGACCAGGGCGUUAAGGUUUUCCUCAUAUCGGCGAGCUCCAAGGACACAGGGCAGCUGUUUGCCGCUCUGCACCACCGCAUCCUGGCGCUGCGCAGCCGGGCCGAGCAGGAGAGCGAGGCGCGGCCGGCUGACCCCGAGCCCCAGUUACCGCAGUCCAACGAGGAGGACAGCGAAGAGGAGGAGGAGGAGGAGGACGUGGUCAUUGCCCCCACGCUGGGAGCCACAGGUGCCUCGGAGGGCAACGAAGCCCCGGCGUCUGGCAGCACAUAGCCGGGCCUCGGCGCCCUGCGGAUGGCGCUGUUGAGGAGGCUCCGCACACUGCAGCUGGAAGGAGAUCUCCAGGAAGCCCUUCUUCACGCCUUCUGCACCGCCAUCAAUUGGGAUUUUUUUUUUUUUUUUCUCCACGAAACUCUGAAGACCUUCCCCCCCCUUCCCUCCCCCUCCCUCCCUGCUGGUUGUGGUUCGAGCUGCGGACGCUCGGGUACUCAUCAUAUUGAUGAGUGUGGGGACUUGGCAGGGUGCUCCUCCUUCCUCUCCCUUCGCUCUCAGCACGUUGUGGGACUGACUUUGGCACCUCGGCCCUCGCAGGGACCUCGACCGUCUGCGUCUCUGUCUGUGUCUCGGUCUCCAUCUGCGUCUCGCUCCAGCUCCCUUCCUCUCUGCUGGUGAGUCUCUUGUGGCUGAAGGAGCGGCAUAGUGCACGUCCUGCCCUGGGGGGUCUGAGUGAGUGUGGUGGGGGUCAGGCUGGGUGGGCGGCUCAGCUUUCUCACUGUUGUGUGUGGGUGUUUUUUUUUUUAAAUUGUUAUUAAUGAAUUGAGCUCCAGAGAACCGACAGACACUUGAUAAACAGCGGAUUUUAUUUCCAGUACCUUUUGGGGGUUUGUAUUGUUUAAACUUAUUUUUUUAUUAAUGCUGUUAUAUUAACUUGUUUCCUUUGUUUCAUUAAUGAGCACACAGACAAAAAAAACAAUUAAUUCCUUCUUUGCUGAAGAUCCUUCACGUUGAGAACUUUGGUUUCUGAACGGGCCUUGACGUCCACGUGUGUCUGUUACCUCGUUCCACGUCUUUUUACUCCCUGUGGAGAAGAACGUCUUUAACGCGCAUACCAGUAACUCCCAGAUGUGUGGACACUGCCGGGCGGGUGGAUCCCCGCGCGGAGCUGAGCUCCUCCCUCUCCCCCCUUACCCCCUGCUGGAGAUCCUCUUCUCCUAGAACUCUGCCUGCUGUCUGCAUCAAAGACUCUAUCUGAAGUGUGCAGGUUGUAUGAAGGAAGUCGCGUGGGAACAUAGGAGACUCCGGGACCCUCCCAGACUCGAGCCGUUUCCACGGCAACAGGACAAAAUGUCGCAAGAGGGCAACCACCAUCACUCUUGUAGGAGCAUUUUAUACCAGGUAGACAAAUGUUUGAGAUGCAAUCUCAGCAUAUACCGGCGCACAUUCUAUUCAUUUUUGGUUUUUAGACCGUAGUUUCUUUUUGUUUCUUUAUUUCCAUUUCUGCGUCCAUCACAGACCUGUGACUGUCAGAUUAGCAAUGAGCUUCAUCUGAGCGCAGCUCAUAGUGCACUUCUGUAGAUGUCUUCAGUUCACCAGGUGGCGCUAUGCAAAUGGGAUGAUGGCUGCAGCGGAGAAGUGCUGUAUAGAUUUUUAAAAAGUUGAAUGUAUAAGAACGUGGAUUUGAAAGGAGAAGCGCAGGACUAUGUUGCUUUACUCUGUAACUUGUAGCCGCCCUUUUCUAACCCUUCGACGGCGGGCGGGCGGGUGGGAUGGGGUGGGGAGCUCUGCGUCGAC